AGCCCAAUUUUCUCCAAUCAACUACAUUGCUUUAUCAUUUUAUUUACUCAUUUUUGGUGUAAAUAAUCUUCCUUUUUCUUUUCAGUUGUAAUCAAACUUGUAGAAAGAAGAGGAAGUUCUAAUCAAGUCACUCAACUACAUCUUCCUUCAAAACCAUCUUCUUAAUUAGGGUCUUCUUCAAUGGAGCUUCUGGUGGAGCCUAUCAUGGAACUGGUAAAGUGUUUGGGGAGGUCAGCCUGCACCUAUCUAGAUUAUCACUUAACUUUUGAUGAAGCUGUGAGUGAUCUAAGAAGGGAAUUGGAAGUUCUAACCAGGCGAAAAGAGGAUAUAAAUUUAAGCAUACAGUCCCAUACAAGUUUGGGAAAAGAAGUAAAACAUGAAGUGCAAGGUUGGCUUAAACGUGUACAAGAAAUCAAUAAUGAAGUGGAAGACAUUCAAGAAAAGACUCAGAGAGUUAAGUGGUACUCAAAGGGCCGUCUAGGGAAACUUGUUCGAAAGAAAAUGGAGGUGGUGAAGAGAAUCCAUGAACAAGGCAGUUUUCCUGAUGGUCUCAUAGUUGACAGACCUCCAUCCCGCGGAGUCAUCAUGCCAAUUGAGAAAGUAGUGGGUGAAACUUUUGCAAAAGAAAAAAUUUGGGGAUACUUGAUGGGCAAUGAGGUUGGAAUGAUUGGAGUUUGUGGGAUUGGUGGGGUUGGAAAGACUACCAUCAUGAAAAAUAUCAAUAAUGAAUUGGUGAGGCACACUGAGUUUAAUAAAGUGAUUUGGGUCACUGUAUCUUACCCACUGGAUGUAAUCAAAUUACAAGAAAACAUCGCUCAUGGUUUUGGUGAGGAACUCCCAAAAGAUGAGGACAAAGAGAUGCGGUCGGCUAAAUUGACAGGCAUUAUGGAAAAAGUAAGACAUGUGUUGAUACUAGAUGAUGUCUGGGAAAAAUUUUCUCUGAAUGAUGUUGGAAUUCCAAAACCAACAAUUGAGAGCGGAAGCAAAAUAGUUAUCACUAGUAGAUUGAUUGAUGUGUGCCAAAAAAUGGGCUGUGAGAUAGUCAAAGUGGAACUUCUUUCCUUUCAGGAGUCUCUUAGCUUAUUCUUAGAUAAAGUUGGGAGUCAUACUAUAGAAGUUCCAAACUUAGAAAGAAUCUUGAAGCUCAUUGUCCAGGAGUGUGGUGGCUUACCGCUAGCCAUUGUUGUGAUAGCAGAGAGUAUGAAGGGAGAAGAAGAUGUGCAAGUGUGGAAUAAUGCCCUAACUGAAUUGCGUGAACGGGUAAAGAGUGUGACUGGUUCAGAUCAAGAGAUAUUUAAGAGAUUAAGGUUUAGUUAUGAUCGUUUGAAUAAUUUUGAAAUCCAAAAUUGUUUUCUUUAUUGCUCUUUGUUUCCUGAAGAUUAUCCAUUUGAGAGAGAAGAGUUGGUAGAAGGGUGGACUGAUGAAGGACUAAUUGAUGUGUUGCCUAGAAGAAAAGCAGCUUAUGAGAGAGGCCAAGCCUUUUUAAAUAGGCUAGUAAAGAAUUGCUUGUUAGAGAAAACUGUUGAUUGGCGUGGUGUUGAUGUUUUCAAGAUGCAUGAUGUACUAAGAGACAUGGCUAUCAAAAGCAUCGGUCCUGAAUUUGGAUAUAUGGUGAAAGCUGGUAUGAAAUUGACAGAGGUACCAGAUAAGCGUGGGUGGAUAAAUGAUCUUAAGAAGAUGUCUCUAAUGGAGAAUAACAUAUCAAAAAUUCCCCUUGGGUUGUGCCCAAAGUGUCCAACUCUUUCAACUUUGAUAUUGUCAAAUAAUCCUAAUUUGUCUGAGAUCCCAGAAUCAUUCUUUGAAGGUUUGCCUGAACUGAAGGUUCUUGAUCUUUCUGGAACUGGUAUUGAAGCUUUACCUAAUUCCAUCUCAAACUUGGAGAAGCUCUCUUCCAUGAGGUUAAGGCGGUGUUACUGGUUAAGGUAUUUGCCUCCUUUAGCAAAGCUUACGGUAUUAAAGAAGUUGGAUCUGUUUGGAUCCAAGAUUGAGGUGGUCCCUCAAGGCAUGGAGAAAUUGAUUAGUCUGGAAUAUCUUGAUUUAAGUUAUUGUUACAAUCUAAAAGAGAUUCCAAUGGGAAUGUUAUCAAACCUUUCCAAUCUCCAAUACUUGUCAUUAUAUGGAAAAUUGAAGAUAAAAGGAGAUGAGGUUGUGAGAAUGAGUAAGUUGGAGACCUUUUAUGGUGUAUUCGAUGACAUACAAGGCUACAAUUAUUUUGUCAAGUCUCAAGAUUUCCAAAUUCUUACUGAUUACCAUAUUGAAGUAGUAGAAAGACUCACAGGAUCGUCGACUACUCCAAGGGAAUCUGUGGUUAGUAUUUAUAAGAGUGACUUAGAAGAAGAAUGUAUGGUGCUUCCAGAUAACCUUCAGAGGCUGAAGAUAGUGAGCUGUAGAAACAUGAGAAGCAGCUUAAAUAAAGCAGCUUUGUUAGAAAAGGCAACCGAGUUGAGAAGCUGUGAUAUUAGGGAUUGUGAAGAUAUGGAGUGCGUGGUUGACUUGGACUCAUCCUCCUGUCUAGUUCUGGAUAAGCUUGAAGAGCUGUAUCUUGGCAGAUUGCCUAAAUUGAGUGUACUUGUGAGAGUGGAAGGAGUAGCAACACCACCGCACGUCUUUUCCAAUCUUAAAAAGCUUUGGAUUUGGGAUUGUUCAGGAAUGAGGAAGUUGCUUCCACUUGAGCUGCGGCAGGCCUUCCAAAACUUAGAGGAGAUUUAUGUUUAUAUGUGCGAACAAAUGGAGGAGAGCAUCUGCAGUGCCAAAGGAGUUAUGGUUUGUGAUUCUAUUGAAGAAAUUAAAAUAUUGGAAUGUCCGGAGUUAAAGAGGAUCCCUGUGCAGCUUCCCCUGCUUGAUAAUGGCCAACCAUCUCCUCCUCCUCAUCUUAAAGAAAUUUGGAUAGAUGCAGAGUCAGAAGAAUGGUGGGAAUCAGUGGAGUGGGAUCAUAAGAACCUACUUCAACCUUUCUUGAGAUAUUCUUUCUGGUGCCAAUUUUGGCAGAAUCCAUCGGCAAUUGGUAGGAAGAGUCCCAGGCUCCGGUCUCCGAUGAACUUGAAGUACUCCUAAGUAAUAUCAUUUCUGAUUUUGGCAGAGACUUUGGUGUCAUAAACUACCAAGUAGUGA